AUGAAGUUCCCGAAAAUCAGCCGAUUCAAAGAGCAGUCUGAACACUUCACACCCGAGGCAGUUGAGCGCUUCCCAAUCGAGGCAGCAGAAGCCUUUGAGCCCCAGGACGAGUUCAUCCGUCGAAUCUACCGCACCGGCUCUCCCCCAGGUACUCUCGUUUGCUCAUUCCCCGAGCCUGCACCAGCGACAAGUCUUAACCAGUUCCGUUUCCAGCUCUACCGCGAGAAUGGGGUUUGGCCCGGUCUUACCGGUUACCUCGACAAGUAUGUGAACCUUACACACCUGGUCUGGAGCAUGUGUGCUAUGCUUGCCGAUAGCAAUAUCGAUCCAGAUUGGACAAAUACAUUUGAGAUAUGGCGCACGGAGUGGAGACAGUUCAACAAGAGUUUUGAAAUUCAUGGAAAUACUACGCGCACUUUGGAUGUUCCCCCCUCACCAGUGGAUGUUAUCUGGAUUCGGAAGCCUAACAGCCUUAAAUAUGUGCAAAUUUCUCUUAGUGAAUACAAGGAGAAAUACGAUGAUCACGACAUUCUGCACGCUCUCUGGAAGUGGAUGCUGCAUGAUGUGCCAGCUGAAGCUAUUGUUGAAGGGACUUAUCUCAUUAAGCUUGGGUAUGAGCCUUGGUUCCCUAAGGACUAG